UUUCCCGACCUUUAGGCUUAGCAUUUUAGGCGUGAGGGGCGGGGCAGUGGGCCACUAGGAGGAACAGGUACAGAAUCACCACCGAAAAUGGGAGUGUGCUGCAGCCUUCGCGUUACAUUACCACGGUUGUCGACUCCCACGCUCAGCUGGGGUGGAGGCAACCCGGUGGUGUGACUAGCUGCGUACUGACCAAUGUGAGCAACCGUAGCAUUGUCGCGAGGAGGAGGGAACAGCAGUCCGGAGACCGGUGGAUUCGCAACGCGAGAAGCCGGAGAAGGGGUCAGACCGCAACCUACAGAACACGAAUUGGAACCGUGAUGAAAUGA